CAACACUACUAUAUAACAAAUAAUUUGAGUAGAAAUGAGCAACGUAAUCAAGGAAGGAUGGCUGUUUAAACGAGGAGAGUACAUAAAGAACUACAGAAGGCGUUACUUUAUAUUGACAGAUGAUGGACAGUUCAGAGGAUACAAGCAACAACCAUCUCCAAAGAGUCUUGAAAUGCCUGAAAACGACUUUUCUGUCAAAGAGUGUGAAGUCAUGAUUGACCCAAAUGCAUCCAAGAAGUUCCAAAAAUUUACUGUCAGGUGUUUACAAUACGAAACCUUUGUUGAGAGAAGGUUCAGUUCUGAGACAAAGUCCGAUCGAGAUGAGUGGGUCAAGGUUAUCAGUGAAACAACGGAAGCUCUCAAACUUACUACCCACAAGAGUAUAGACCAAGAAAACAGUCUGCUGGAGGAAAGUUUAGGAUGUCAGACUAACGUAAAGAGGAAACUUGAAGAUUUCGAGAUGCUCAAAGUUUUGGGCAAGGGAACCUUUGGAAAGGUAUUUCUGGCUCGUGAGAAGGCGACCAGUAACAUUUUCGCUAUUAAAGUUCUGCGGAAAGAUGUGGUGAUACAGAAGGAGGAAAUAGCCCAUACAAUGACGGAAGGGCGGGUUUUGAGAAUGAGCCAACAUCCUUUCCUUACUAGAUUACACUACUCGUUCCAGACUGAAGACCGGCUGUGUUUUGUGAUGGAUUAUGUCAGGGGUGGUGAGCUCUUCUUCCACAUUGCGAAGGAACGUAAAUUCUCGGAACACCGCUCUAGGUUCUACGCGGCAGAGAUCACCCUCGCACUUGAGUUCCUCCACAGCAACAAUGUAGUUUACAGGGAUCUGAAACUAGAAAACCUACUGCUGGACGAGGAAGGUCACAUAAAGAUAGCGGACUUUGGUCUGUGUAAGGAGCAGAUCACGUACGGAGACACGUGCAGAACGUUCUGUGGUACGCCCGAGUACCUCGCGCCAGAGAUUAUUGACGAUCAGGAUUACGGGCAUGCUGUUGAUUGGUGGGGAUUAGGUGUUGUACUAUACGAGAUGUUGUGUGGUCGACUUCCCUUCUACUCCAAAUCCCACGACACCUUAUUCGACCUGAUCUUAAAUCAAGAAGUAAAAUAUCCCAGCACACUGACCCCUACUGGUAAAAGUAUCCUGAUGGGACUUCUCAACAAAAACCCAUCUCACAGACUAGGCGGAAGCACGCGAGGAGCUACAGAUGUCAAGAAUCACACUUUCUUCGGCAGCAUGAACUGGCAGGACAUGUACGAAAAGAAGGUUAAACCGCCAUUUGUGCCACAUAUUAAUGUCGACAACGACGACGAUACGUCAAACUUCGACACGAUGUUCACUGACGAAACACCAAACUUUACACCAGUCAAUGAAGGAGUUCUUGACGAACAUCAAUUCACAGAAUUCACAUACGUCGCCCCUCAAGGUCACCUCAACUAGGUCGAUUCUCAGCAGAAGAAAACAUCUCAUCUUCAAAGAAAAUGACUAGAUUGGGGUCAAUAUUGAGUAUUGCCUGUAUUGACGUUGUUCAGUGUAAAACAGCUAGAUUACUCGGGGCGUUAUUUGAUCGUUUUAAUAAUUCAGUCAGUCGAAUCGUGGAAGAGUUUGACCUAAAGAUUGCUUUUCGGUCACAGAUUAUUAACGAGAUUAUAAUCGUCGUCGAUGUAAAUACACCGAUUUUAACUAUAAAUACGUGUAAUCAUUAUUAUUAUAAUUAUUAGAAUAUCUCGUGAGAGUUUUUAUCUCGUUUUUAUUGAUUUUAUUGACCGUAGCAACUGAUCCAGUUUUGCAAUCGAUUUCAUAUUUUAUGUCCUACUGUUGAAGAGGGUUUUUCCGUAUCAUGUCAAUGAAAGCCUAAUCGUUGUAUUUAAGAAGGAUCUGCUAAGUAAUUCCAUUUAAACUGAUCCAAAGGAACUACCCCGAAUUUCCUGUCCAAUUGUUUUUACUUCUAAUAGACAUUUUAACUUGAGGAAUUCAUUUUCUUAAUGUUGAAAAAUUUUUGAUGCUGACAACUGAUUUUCCUUUCUAGUAGAAGAGUUUAAGUCCUGUUUUUACCGUUGACUGAUUUUGAUAUGUUUUAAAUGUUCUUACUACUGUACAUUAAAAUUCUUGUUUGAUCUUUUUGUAAAUGGUAAAGUUAUUUUACGACUUUCUUACAAA